GGGUGGAGUCAUUAGAAGAGCAGUUCAAAGAGAAUAUCAGGCUCAUGUAUCUGAAAACUACAUGGAAAUCCACUUUUUUUGGGCUGGGAAAGGGACUCGCUUUUCUGUUGACUAUAUAUAUGGACCCUCUAUUUCGGCCAUCAGUGCUACCCCAGAUUUCAAGCCUACUCAAACCACUGAGAAGAAUAGAACAAGCCUAAUUGUGGGGAUUGUUGUUGUUGUUGGGGUUGUAUUUCUGUUACUUGUAAUUUUCUUUGUUGUCCGAAGAAGAAAAAGGCCACAGAUGGUUGAUAACGAGCUUCUCAGCAUGGAUGUUAGACCAUACACUUUCAGUUAUGCAGAACUAAAGACUGCUACAGAAGACUUUAGUUCUGCAAAUAAGCUUGGACAAGGAGGGUAUGGACCGGUUUAUAAGGAAACGCUUAGUGAUGGAAGAGUAAUUGCUGUGAAGCAAUUAUCUAUAGCAUCUGACCACGGGAACAACCAAUUUGCUACAGAAAUUGCUACCAUAUCUGUCGUGCAGCACCGUAACCUAGUAAAACUUCAUGGAUGUUGUUAUGAGGGAGAACAACGAAUGCUUGUUUAUGAAUAUCUGGAAAACGGCAGUCUUGAUAAAGCUCUAUUUGCAAGAAAAGAAAGCUUGGUCCUUGACUGGUCAACGCGUUAUGAUAUUUGUUUGGGAGUAGCAAGAGGUCUAGCUUAUCUUCAUGAGGAAUCGAGGCUUCGAAUUAUACACAGAGAUGUGAAAACCAGUAAUAUUCUGCUUGAUGGUAAUCUCAUUCCCAAAAUAUCAGAUUUUGGUUUGGCCAAACUUUUUGAAGAUGAGAAGACUCACAUAAGCACUCAUGUGGCAGGGACAUUUGGAUAUCUUGCACCGGAGUAUGUCAUACGUGGACAUCUUACGGAGAAGAUUGAUGUGUUUGCCUUUGGCAUUAUGAUUCUAGAGGUUGUUAGUGGGAGGCCAAACUGGGAUUCAAGCUUGGAAGAAGGGAAGAAGUAUCUUCUUGGUUGGGCUUGGCACCUACACAAGAACAACUGCCAACUCGAACUAGUGGACUCAAAAUUAUCAGAAUUAUGUGAGAAAGAAGUUAAAGACCUAAUAGGAGUAGCGCUUUUGUGUACUCAGACAUUGCCCUCCUCGAGGCCAUUGAUGUCCCGCGUGAUUGCUAUGCUUUGUGGAGAUAUGGAAGUGAGUAGAGUAAAUUCUAAGCCUGCAUACUUGACAGAAUGGGCAUUUGAUGAUGUGACCACCUUUUUUAGUGAUGAUAUAAAUGAAGAAUGUGAAGAUACUAGCCAUUACGUCUCCUCAACAAGGGUACCUAAAACGGAUAAAUCCCCAGAAAUAAGUGAUGCUGAAGCCCUGCUCCACUGAUUGGCUUUUACUUUAGAUUCCAGUUUUAUUUCAUGUUAGUUAGACACAACUGUUAUUCAUAAUUUUAAAAAAUUUAAGACCAAUAAACUCUAGAAAAAAUAUACAGAAUAUAUUUUGAACUACUUCUUGUUCAACAAGCACAUCACUGAAUCUUCAUCAGGAUAUGGAAAUUGAUUUUGAAUGACUUUGUCUUCAACAAGCACAGGGGCUAAAGCUUCACCAGGAAAUUGAAAUAAAGGACUUCUCCAUGACAUUACUGAAAUAAAGGACUUCUCAAUUGUUAGCCUCAGCCGUC